UCUCUCAUCCACAAUCCUCUGCAACACCUCCCCACACCGGACACCACCUACUACAAGACCCCAAUGCAGAAAGAGAUGCUUGCCAUCAGCGCUCCUCCGGGGCAGGGUCCAGUGAAGCACCCCUUCGUGCACUACCGCUGUCUGUGUUCCAGCCCUGGGCCAUUCAAGGCAGAUGCAGGAACAGGAACAGAGUCGUCUAGCACGGAUGUGAAUACACCACCUCAACAAGAAUGCCAACACCAGCAACAGGCAGCCGCCUCGACAGAGCUCAUCCCUGCUUCCACAUCCCGUCGCUCAAUCCACCCCCAACACGACCAGGAACGGACAAAGGCUGUCUACGCCUCAGGAAACAGCUCCGAUACUCAUGGUUCCCAAUCACUCUCUCGACUCUACUUUUGCGAUUCAUGCUAUGAGAUCCGUUGCUCCAAGUGCACCCAGGAUGAAAUCGUCUGCUACUACUGUCCGAACUGUCUCUUUGACGUCCCCACAGCCAGCGUCAAGUCUGAGAAGCACAAAUGCUCACGCAAUUGCUUCGAGUGCCCCAUAUGCCAAAACACUCUCUCCGUUGUUUCGGAGGACCCUGACGCCGGCCAAUACACGACUGGUCCUAACGUGCAUGGACAAUACCAUCUCAUCUGCAAUGUGUGUCAGUGGAACUCUCAGUCCAUUAAUAUGACAUUCGAGAAACCCACAGGACUCGCUGCCCAACUUCAAAAAGCAGAGGAGAAUUCACCGGAUGUCCUGGAGUUUGCUCGACUGAAGGACCACUUGGAAAAAUACUUCCGCAACAACAGUAUGAAGCCAGGGAUUCCAUCCUCUCUACUCUCGUCCAUUCAAUCCGGAGCCAUCCAAUCUUUGCGAUAUGUCACGUCUCCUAGUGUUCGUUCUCGGGCGAGCGAUGACAUCGCACACUACGUACCGGCAGUCCAGGUUAUGGAGGACACUGAAAAUCUGGACAAACUGAUGUCAGUUAUCAGUCUGAGUCAGACCACAACCAUGAGGCAGAGACUAGGACUACUUCAGAAGCAGCCCUAUUCGCCUGAGCGUCUACAGCCCAAGAGGAUACAUUUGCGGAUCAAAAAAUCCAGGAGAUGCCGAACUUGUCGUCAUAUCCUGGUCAAUCCAGAGCAGAAGGCUCAGUCCAUACGAUUCAAGAUCAAUCUCAUCGCUUUGAACCAGAUUCCCAACAUCACCAUCGCCAGUAUCCAGCCAAUGAUCGUGCAGACACUGUCGCGCGUCAUUCUUCGCUUCACAAACCCACGGCACGAGGAGGCCCUUGUCUCUAUCCUACACGGCGACGGAGCUCAACCCCAUCAUGGAGUCAUUAUUCACUCGCCAUCGUUCUCUAUCUCGCCCUUCAAUGAAGUCUGGGAAUACGAGGUCGGGGCCAUUGGUGCGGCUCCAGGAUCUGUGCAGGAAGAUGUGUAUGAAAAGACCGCCAACUCGACAAGCAUCGCAUUGGACAUUACCCCUGUUGCUGCCGGGGAAGUCAGAAUUCCAUUGUUCGUCACUUUCACAUUCAAGACUCCGAAGCCGCAAUCAGAAACAGGAUCGCCUUCAUUGGGAUCACAGCUCGUUGUCAGUGGCGCCAACAACCCGGCGCCGGAGCUUGAAUACAUUGACAAGACAGUGUCCUUUUGGACUGUUAUCGGCUUUGGUGAUGCUCUUCCUACCCUGGCAUCAUAGCAAAUCAUUUGAUCGCGCGUCUCAAUAAAGCAUUCGCAGCGUCAGUCCAUCUGAGAUUGCGCAGCGUCGUGUCAGCCAUG